GCAAAGCAAGAUGGCGUCCAACUAUCUUGAAAUUUUCCCACGUAUUUGGGAAAGCUUUUUAAUUGAAUGGAAAACUUCCCCUCCGACCUCAAACUUCCUCCAAAACUUCAUCAAGGACUGCUCUCGAUAUGGGGUUAUCAAGAAGGAGGAUUUGUACCUAACUUUUUUGUUGGCGAUUUUUUUUACGCUUCAAAGAUACGCUGCUACAGCUUUCUUCUUUAAGCCUAUUGCCAACUAUUUUCAAUUCAUCAAGAARGACAAAGAAAAAUUCCCAGAGAGUGCAUGGAAGUUGUUCUACUAUUUUUCUGUAUAUUGCUAUUGUACCUAUACACUUUUUAGUCAUCGCUUGAUGGAAAACCCACGCAGCAUCUGGAAAGGAUGGGAACGAGGCAUGGCUAUUCCAAAUGAUAUCUACAACAUAUAUGUUGUUGAGGCUGGUUUUUACUUCCAUUCCAUCUAUGCCACUAUCUAUAUGGACAAGUGGAGAAGGGACUCUGUUGUUAUGAUACUACAUCAUAUAUUAGCAAACUCUUUGAUUAUAUUCUCCUUCGCUAUGAGGUUUUAUUGUAGACUGUACCAGUAUCCCCACAAAGUACUGUACUCUACAGGCCAUUUUGCAAGACAUAUUCUCCCUGAUGCUCCAUUCUAUUUUUUCUUCAAUGGCUUGCUGUGGAUGCUGUUUGCCAUGAACAUCUGGUGGUUUCAUUUUGUCCUGUGGCUCAUAUGGAGAGUAGUGAAUGGAGAAAGCCGAGAGGUUGAAGACACAAGAGAAAUAGAAAAGUCGAAAGAGCCAUUGAAAUCUCAUUCUGCCAAUGGUGAUGUGGUAAACAAUGGAGUCCAUGAGAAAAACAACAUACUAAAGACAUCAAACAAGAUAAACAAGUUGAGUAAUGAUGAACAGAUAAAGAAGAAAGAGGAAAAGGAUAAGCAGGUUGAAGACAAGGAUAUAACCAUACCUCAGCACAGGAAAAAGCACCUGCAGGGCAACUAGGUACAUGUUAAUUUCACUAAUUAUCCGGAUAAAUGGACCUCUGUCAUGCGCCACCAUGCUUAUAGAGUGUUUUUACUCUAGAGAGAUAAUAAUCAUCGACUACAAUACAUCGUUUUCUCAAGGUUGUGUGCACAUCCAAAUUUAAGGAACUUGACGGGCCACGAUACCAGAACAGGAGCUUUAUGAUGAGAAUUAUCAGACCUUUCUAUAAACUUUUUUUUGAGAAUAAUUCAUCAAAUGGAUUUUUCUCCUCUUUAAAUAUAAAGCUGGCUUCUCAAUUUUACUGAAUUUGCGUUUUUUUAGUUUUGUGGCCCGUCAAGUUGGAUGCACAUGCAAUCUUGAGAAAACGGUCUAUAGGGAUGACAGCUAUAUUGGUGUACCUAACAAAAGAAACUAAUGACAAAGUUAUUGUCAAAGGUACACCAAUAUGGUGGCUGUGACGUCAUGURAAAAUGCUCUAUUCCCAUGGUAAUAAAAACCCUCGUAUGUGUAACGUAAUCCUGAAGCGCUUGAAUUCGAGACUGUGAGGGGAAAAUCAAUUGUUCCAAUGAACUGGCUGUUGCAUGAUAAAGGGGGGCAAGAAAACAGCCUGUUGCUCACCCCUUAAUGGGGGGGGGGAUAACAAUGACUUUGUCUUUUCUGCUUUUUAUUUUAGGUCUUUUUUGGGAGAAAAACAUUAUAGCAGGGGUACAGAGGGAAAAGGUAUCUACUGUUCUUGGUAAAAUUUCCUAUAAGAUUACUUGAAGUAGACUCAAUUUGCUUUGGUGCAAAGUUUUCCUAUUACAGACCACGUUUGGUCUGGCAUGACAUUGCACCAUAGCUGAAAAGCAUUCCUAGUAAAGAA